UAUUUUUCGUGACUCCAAGCACGGUCACACCGUUCGUAGGCUACUGUUUAUAAUUUAUUUUAGUUUCCUAAAAAACACCAAAAUCAUCUGGAGAUUACCCAGAGCAGAGUCCUAGUGCAUAAGUACGCGACAUAACUGCUUUCGCUACCAUUUGCUGCUUCUGUGGUGCAGCAUCUGAAGGUGAAGGACACCACGAACGCCUGGAAGGAAGCAAGGCUGCAAGGACAUCGCAGAGGAUGGACGCGUGCAGCCACAAGGUCGAUGGCGAGAACGACAAUUGUGAGGCGACCUUGGCCGCAGUGAACCUGAAUGUCCUGCCCGAUGAGAUUCUGGAGUUCAUCUUCACCUACCUGCCGCCCUACGGGGACUUGGAGCACUGCAGUCUGGUGUGCAAGCGCUGGCACGUCAUUGUAAAGAAUCUCGUGCGUCGCUCCAAGUUGAACCUUGAGAAGGGAUUAACGGACUUCCGACUGCGCUGGGAGGUGUUUUCCCAGCAAAGUGCCAAUGGUAUUGGAGGAGCACCCCUGUCCUUCAUCGCCGGACGUUUUGCGCACUCGGCAGUGCGGCAGGAUAACUCGAUGUAUGUGUUUGGUGGCGGAUCAUCCUCGGAUACGACCUUCAACGAUCUCUGGCGCUUCGAUUUGACGCACAUGCGCUGGGCGCGGCCGGUGGCCACUGGGACGUAUCCCUCGCCCAAGGGAAGCGCCUCCAUGGUGGCGUGGCGGGACCAGCUAGUGCUCUUUGGCGGCUGGCGCUAUCCUUCGCUGCAUCCCCCUUACCAGCCUUGGUGUCUGUUUGACGAACUACACUACUAUGAUCUGGGCAAGAACCGCUGGCUGCUGCGCAACUCGCUGUCCUGCCCACCACCCAUGGCUGGACACUCGGCCACUGUGCACGGCGAUAGGAUGGUCAUCUUCGGCGGCUACCAGAUCAAGGACGAUGUGAAUGUGAACUCCAACGAUACGUGGGUGUUGGAUUUGCCAGAGCAGCGAUGGUGGCAGCCGCUCUUCGUGGGCAAUACGAGACCCAGUCCGCGAUACGGACAAAUCCAGGUGGAGUUGGGCAGGAAUCAUCUUCUGGUCGUAGGAGGAUGUGGCGGCGCCAAUCGGGUGUAUACCGAUGCCUGGCUGCUGGACAUGACCAGGGAUGUGUGGUGCUGGAAGUCGCUGAAUGUGCGUAACAAGCGAUUCGGAGCCGUCCACAUGUGGUGUAAUCCCGGCUGCAAGGUCAACAACUACCUGGUGGUGGUUGGACCUUCGCCCAACAUGCCUCAGGACUUCCAGAUGAUGAAGCAGAGCAGAGUCCCUGUCGUGGGAGGUCGUGGACCGCCGCCGCCGAAUCCUCUUCAAAAUCUACCCCCAAGGGGACUGCGGAUACCGGUACCGGAUCGGCGUCUGGGAGGAGGAAUGGGAGGACCGGGUCAGAACCGUGGAGGAAACAUCCGUCCUGGAGUGGGAGGGGCAGCAGCCGCACUGGGACCUCAGGAGCAGUAUUUGGCCAACCGGCGAGCAAUUCUCAACCAGCAUAUGCAGCAGGCCCAGCAAUUCCUGCACAACAGCAAUGUAAACAAUAAUAACAAUAAUUACCAGCCACGCUCGGGUCGAUUGAGUGAUCUACACGCUCCGCCAGCUCCAGCUCCUGCUGCUUCUCCCCCCUCUCCACCAGUGCGACCAAAUGCUCCUCCAUCUCCAGCCGAUGGCGAUGUGGAUGCCGCUCAGCGGUUGCAAAGGAAUCUGGCUCUACGGUGUCGUGAUAAUGAACCUAGGCUCCCCAAACGCUUCGAUGAGCUAUACGAGGACCCCUUUCGUAUGGCCGCCUUUAAUGUGCCCACUCGGUCGCGAAGUGCGUCGCGGGAUCACAACGAGCGCAUCCGGCGCAUGGAGGAGAAGAUGAACGCCAUCCGGAAUUCGCGACGGAGUGCACCGGCUGCCGCUCAAGUGGAACCACAGCCGCUGCGCGCCCCAUCUCCUAAACGACUGCGCUGCAAUGUACAAUCACUAUUUGUGUGCGACAUCUCGAACAUCUUGGAGAGCAGCGAGCCAGCCCUCGACUGGGUGGAAUACAAGAACUUCGGCGUGCUUAAGGGCGCUCCGGAUCGGUUAAUCCUCUCAAGCCUCAUUGCCGGCAACGGCGAGCUGAUCCUUUUCGGGGGCGUUCACAAGGAGACACUGACGGACAUCACACACCAUGUGUCCAAUUCCAUACACUUCCUGAGUGUGCCACGUGAUAUUAUCUAAGCUCCGGACCGAAUCCCGUCCUAGUCCUAAGUUAUCCGGAUAGCAGACUGCUAUUCUUCCUCCCAAACCCUUCAAAGAAGUUCGGCCGAAGUUCAUUUAGACAUUAAAAUGAGUGUAAUUGA